UAAGACCACUCUGCUAACUCCUUCUCCUCCCCCUCCGUCCCAACGCUACAACUCCGAACCAACAGCCCCAUAAAUCCAACCAACACAUAACCACGCACUCUCUCUCUCUCAAACAAGGGAAGCAGCAAGGUACGCCCAUGGCGCCAUCACCUCGGCCGUACACCUCUCUGCUGUUGCCAUCUCUCCUCCUGCUCCUCCUCGUCUCCUCCAACGCAGUGAGAGCGGGAGCAACCUCAAGAAACCAUGCAGCCCAGGACGACCACGGAGAGGUGGACGCCAGCGGCGAGGCGGCGGAGGCGGGGGAUGAUCGUUGCGGCGAAGGGGGAGAAGGAGGCGAUGAUGAGUGCUUGAUGAGGAGGACGCUGGUGGCGCACACGGACUACAUCUACACCCAGGGAGGAAACCACAACUAGCUAGCUGGCACCGUAUGUUUAUGAUCAACGGAGGUUGCAGUUUGUUGCAAAGCCUUUUUUUUUUAAUAUCAGUAAUUGGGCCUUUGUUCUGCGAAUCGGGGGCUAGUAAAGAAAUCUUGUUGAGUUGUUUGUGAUCUGCUGGUCAAGUCAGUGCGUUGGCUAGAGUAAGAGCACAGGAAAGGAUAUUGUAGGUCACCCUGAACAAUAAUGAUACUACGUACUACCAUUGUGUA